GCGCAGGGCUGCGUGCGGGUACAGAGAGAGAGAGAUGAGGGCGAGGAGAGAUGAGGCUGCCACUAGAGACCGGAGCAGCCGGGAUUGCGGCAGCCGCGAAAGGUGAGCGAGGCGGCAGCGACGGCGCAGCUGUAGGCAGGCUCUGCUCCGGGCAGCAGCGCGCAAAGUUCCCCCAGGAGGGCAGCCUUCCGGGUUCCUCUCCCGCCUCCGGGAGCGGGGUAUGAAAGGAUGCCCUGAUGGAGCGCAGCGGCGGGCUCCAGCUGCCCCUCUGCGGCCGGCGGCUCCCGCCUCGCCAAGCAGGCAGCAGCGUCGCGGGGAGCCGAUGGGGCGCCGUAGAGAGACCGCGAAGCAAACACCGCUUGGCGCCCUGAGGCGGGCGGCGCGCGCCGCUUGCGCCGAGUGAGAGGCGAGGCGAUGUUCAGCAGCACCAGGCCGGCGGCGGCGGCGGCGGCGGCUCCCUAGGCUGGGCUGAGCAGCGCUGGGAGCAGCUCUGAGGGGGCCUCUUUCGACAGCUCCUCCCGGGGAGCUUCGCGGGCCCCGCCGGCUUGCUUGGCGCCAGGGGCGGCGAGGCGGCAGCGGAGGGAUGGGCUGCGCUCCCAGCAUCCACGUCUCGCAGAGCGGCGUGAUUUACUGCCGCGACUCGGACGAGUCCAACUCCCCGCACCAGACCACCACCAUCUCGCAGGGCACCGCCGCCACCUUGCACGGCCUCUUCGUCAAGACCGACGCGGCCGACUCCAUCCCGUCGGUCCUCGCCUACCAGAGCCGGCAGCCGCCGCCGCCGCCGCCAAACUGCCCGGCCCACAGGCGCAGGAAGCCCGCCGGCCGAGAAGGCAGGAGCGGGGUGCACCACUGCUGUGGCGUCGAGGCGGAGACUCAGACCAGCCAGACCGACGUCAAGCAGGCUUCAGCAACCGAGACAGAAAUUGGGCCCAUGAGGCUGACACAAGAUCCUAUUCAGGUGUUGCUGAUCUUUGCGAAAGAAGACAAACAGAGUGAUGGAUUUUGGUGGGCUUGUGACAGAGCUGGAUAUAGAUGUAACAUAGCUCGGACGCCCGAGUCAGCGCUUGAAUGCUUUCUUGAUAAACACCAUGAAAUAAUUGUCAUAGAUCAUAGAAACUCCAGAUACUUUGAUGCAGAAGCCAUCUGUAGGUCAAUUCGUGCUACAAAGCCUGCUGAACAUACUGUAAUAUUAGCUGUUGUUCCACAAAUGUCUGGUAACCAAGAAGAAACGUCUGUCCUGCCCCUUCUCCAUGCAGGUUUUAACAGGAGAUUUUUGGAGAAUAGUAGCAUCACUGCUUGUUACAAUGAACUGAUUCAAAUAGAACAUAGCGAGGUGCGAUCACAGUUCAAACUACGGGCUUGCAAUUCAGUGUUCACAGCACUGGAACACUGUCAUGAAGCCAUAGAAAUAACUAGUGAGGAUCAUGUAAUUCAGUAUGUCAAUCCAGCCUUUGAACGGAUGAUGGGCUAUCAAAAGGGAGAGCUAAUAGGAAAGGAACUCACUGAGCUUCCAAAGAGUGACAAAAACCGUGUGGACCUACUGGACACGAUCAACACUUGUAUAAAAAAAGGAAAGGAAUGGCAAGGAGUUUAUUAUGCACGGAGGAAAUCAGGAGACAGUAUCCAACAGCAUGUGAAGAUAACGCCUGUAACUGGCCAAGGAGGGAAAAUCCGUCAUUUUGUAUCUAUCAAGAAGCUAUGUUGCACCAAUGACAGCAACAAACAGACCUACAAGACCCAUCGUGAUGAAAAGUGUGCAGGAGACCAGUUUCAGUCAGACUCUCAUUCCUUCAGAUGCAAGAACAGGAGAAAAGAAUCUAUUGAUGUCAAAUCAAUAACUUCUCGAAGCAGCGAUGCCCCAAGUUUACAGAAUCGUCGGUAUUCAUCAAUGGCAAGAAUCCACUCCAUGACGAUAGAAGCCCCAAUCACAAAGGUCAUUAAUAUAAUCAAUUCUGCUCAAGAAAACAGCCCUGUAACUGUAGCAGAGGCCUUGGAUCGGGUUUUGGAAAUCUUACGGACAACAGAACUUUAUUCUCCUCAGUUAGGUACCAAAGAUGAGGAUCCUCACACUAGUGAUCUUGUUGGAGGUCUGAUGACUGAUGGUUUGAGAAGGCUGUCAGGAAAUGAGUAUGUAUUUUCCAAAAAUACCACGAACCAGAGCCAUGGUCACCUCUCUGUGCCAAUUACUAUCAAUGACGUUCCACCCUGUAUUGCACGCUUACUGGAUAAUGAAGAGAGCUGGGACUUCAACAUUUUUGAACUGGAAGCUGUUACAAAUAAAAGGCCGCUGGUUUACCUGGGUCUGAAGACCUUUGCCCGCUUUGGUGUCUGCGAAUUUUUAAACUGUCCCGAAGCCACACUGCGAGCCUGGUUCCAGGUGAUUGAAGCCAACUACCACUCCUCCAAUUCCUAUCAUAACUCCACUCAUGCAGCUGAUGUCUUGCAUGCCACAGCUUUCUUUCUGGGGAAAGAAAGAGUUAAGGCAAGCCUUGAUCAUUUAGAUGAAGUGGCUGCAUUAAUAGCUGCAACAGUUCAUGAUGUGGACCACCCAGGACGGACCAAUUCUUUCCUGUGCAACGCAAGCAGUGAGCUCGCUGUACUCUACAAUGACACGGCUGUGUUGGAAAGCCAUCACACAGCUCUGGCGUUCCAGCUCACCGUAAAAGACAACAAGUGCAACAUUUUCAAAAGUCUCAAUAGAAAUCAUUACCGAACGCUUCGUCAGGCAAUUAUCGACAUGGUUUUGGCAACAGAAAUGACAAAGCAUUUUGAGCAUGUGAACAAGUUUGUGAACAGCAUCACCAAGCCCAUGUCCUCGGAAGAAGCACAGAAUGAGGGUAGUGACUGUGAAUGUACAACCAAUCUCAAGAACAUUCCAGAUAACCAGACGUUGAUUAAGCGCAUGAUGAUCAAAUGCGCAGAUGUUGCAAAUCCAUGUCGCCCUCUAGAACUGUGUAUUGAAUGGGCUGGGAGGAUUUCAGAAGAAUAUUUUGCACAGACGGAUGAAGAAAAGAGACAGGGUCUGCCAGUUGUUAUGCCAGUUUUCGAUCGAAACACCUGUAGCAUCCCCAAGUCUCAGAUAUCCUUCAUUGAUUACUUCAUUAUGGACAUGUUUGAUGCUUGGGAUGCAUUUGCACAUCUACCUGUUCUGAUGCAACACUUGGCAAAUAACUACAAACACUGGAAAACACUAGAUGAGCUAAAGUGUAGGAGCCUCCGGCUUCCUUCAGAGAACAAUAACGGAAGCUGAAGGGAGGAUAUGGAACAUCAUAGCCUACCACUCACACUGUGAACCACUUACUGGUAUGAACCCAAGAGGGGGCAAUUUCCUUCACAAUGAAGUAACCAACAGGGCAGCAUGGAGAAGACUAUUGUUUCUCAAUUUUAAAUUGUUCUAAAUUCUACACAACUUUGUUUUUUUUAUAUAAAAAUUAUAAUCGAGAAACCAAUAUAUGCUUUAUAGAGCUAUUCUCUUUUUGUGGCACAAUGGAUCCUUUUAAAUGUAAUUUUAUAUAAAACAAAUUGUUAUAAUUUGUCAAAUUAUAUGAUUGGUGUAAGCUGUUUGCAGGCCAGGAUCAAUUAUACACAUGAACUCCAUGUAAGAGGGCAGAAUUCUACAAAAAGCUAGCUUCUGUGGAAUAACUAUCAAUAACAUUUGACAGACAUAAGCAUUUUGGGGGAGCCUGGUUUACAGCAAAUAUCCUUUAUGUGAAACGUAACCCAAGAACUUUAAAACAAAACAAAAAGCAAUUGGAGAAAGAAAUUUGAGGGGGUAAACAGCAAAUUCAACUGUCCUUUCUUAGAGAAAAAUAAUUAUUUUAAUAGCAAAGUUAGUUAAUUAACUAUCAACUUUGUUCUCUUUUGUAUAUGGUACAAUUUCUGUGAUCUAAGCCUGUCUGUGCAUACUGCUUCCCUCCUUAAGCUGGCUUUCCUGCGGACUUAAAUGUUAGGAGGCCGUUUGCAUGCACAAUAGGAAUGCAGCCACAGAAGUAGCUCCAUUACUGAAGUUGCACAGUAAUGUGGGGACUCGACACACUGUGGUUUCUAGAUACACAAGGAGACCUGGGAGCUGCUUUACUUAUUAAACCAAUUUUGUAUAAAAUUUUAGUAGGCAGUAAUGAAGCCCAUAAAUUUGAGCCAAUCUGUUCUCUUCUCUGCCUUCUAAACAGGUGACAGUGAGCCAUAUUGUGAAAGUCCAUACAAGCAACUAAGGUCAGGGACUGGCACUUGUUGCAUCUGUUGCUUCAAUAGCACAAUCAUGCUUUGUGAUGUUGUACCGUUCCAGUUUUACAUCUGCCUGCUAGAAUGGGGAGCAGUGUGUAACAGAUGCUUAUUUACAUGAGCCAUAAGGAAAAGAAACCCUGCUUAGAUAGAUAUGCACACCCUCAAGCCAUAUUCAAAAAGGUCUCCAGAAUCUACACUUGUACAGAGGCAUCCUAUUAUCUUUCUAUGAGAAGGGAAAUGGCUGCUCAUACAUUGUAUUUCCCUCAUAGAGGACAGGAAAGCCCCUGUGCCUUUAUAGUGUCCUGGAUUGCAGCCAUAGUAAUUACUCUUAAGACAGUGACCUUAAUAUCAAGGACCCAAGACAAUGUAUACGCUAAAUAUAUAACGUUAAGAACAGAACAAAAACACAAGGUUCAGGUUGUAUUGCUAUUUGAUGCAAGCUGCUUCAAGAGCCCCAGUUAAGAAUGAUGUAUUUUUAAAAAAAUAAAAAGUAAUAUAGACCUAAUAAGAUUCAUUUUUAAAUUACAGAUAGGGAAGUCCUCUUGGGCAAGCCCCAUAAAAAUGGAUGGAAGUUGCAUUCUUACCCACCUUCCAUUCAUUUCACUAGGGCUCCUGUAGGAGUGAAUCCUAGUGUGUUGUGCUAUUUUCCAGAGUACUAUGGAAAAUUAUUUCAAGUUUCAGGAUACCCCCUGGAAUGAAUACUUUGAAUAAUUUUUAAAUAUACAAUUGAUAGACGGAGAAUGGGAAACUUUUUAUUUAUUUCUCCUUCUUUAUCAUUUUCUCUCUUUUCAUUUAUUAUUUUUAUCUUUCUGUUACUUUUUAUUUCCCUUUCCUGCUUUGCUCCUGCUUCUGGGUUUGUUUGUUUUUUACGUCCUCUAGUCUGGGUCAGUGAGGGGAUUAUAUGCAAAGGAAGGUGGAGGAUGGCAGGUGAAAGAGGCAGGGAAGAUCUCCCAGGGUGGGAGAAGAUCAGGAAGCUUUCAGGUGAGAGCUGGGAGGAGCCACCUCUUUCUGUGUGAGACAAGGAUUGAGAUCUACCUUUGAGAGAGGAACUCACAUUUCCCCUCCUCUUUUUCUGUUUUUGUACUGUAGUAUGAAAAGCCUUAAUAAAAUCUUAUCAAAAGAAAGAAUAUGAUUUAUAGUUUUUGACCAGUAGUCAUGUACUGACAUAGAAAAUCACAAAUUGGCUAUCAGUGACACAAAGUCCUUCAAAUUAGUAACUAUUACUUAACGCUGCACAUUACAAGGGACUCUUCUAAUGCUGAAAUGCAUAUGAUCUGAUAUAAAGUAUUACACUGCCCUCCCAAAAGAGAAAAAAACUUUGGCCAUCUCCAUAUUUUUGUGCUGAGUCCAAGGAGGAAAACCAGGUGAAGUAAACAAUAGUGUUACUACUGAUGAAAAAUGAUUGUAGCUUACAUAAUGUGCCAACAUUUUUUCAAUGUUUUGUAUCAAGUUAUGUAAAAUACUGUAAAACAUUCAUAUACUUUCCAUGCAGAGAAAUGUAUAGAAGCUAUAUUUUUGUUAGAACUCUAACAGCACCUAACUUCCGUUGCUAUGUAUUAUAAUGCUACAUUGUGUUGUUUAAAGAAUGGUGUGUUCACUGCAGUAUUCAUAAGUUCCAUUAUGUACUAAUAGCAAAGCCUAUAUCUGAUUAAAUUUUAAUUCAUUUUUAUUCA